GAGUUGCCAGGUGGCCACUGCCAGUCCCAAGCCAGGCCUGAAGUUUCUGGGCUGCUCUGCCUGGCUGGUUGACCCCUGAUACUCCUGUGACAUUGUCCCCGGGGCCCUGACUUUUUGCCAGGCUCCUGCUUCUUUUCCUCCCCACACUUUUCUAACUGCAGUUCAGGCUAGACUGACCUACGCAUACCCCCGAGCAUGCUUCUGAAACCCUCCAUGGUUCGUUCUUAUUGCCCUGUUCUCAUUCUGGACUCUACAGAACCCCUUGGGUCGUGUUCUGCAAUGAAGUUCUAAUCCUGAGAAUUCCCAAGUGUAAGUCCUUCUCAGAAAUGGGCCACACGCACACACAUGCACCUAGAGGGGAGGGAAGGGCAGGGCUGCAGGGGGCCCCCGCCUUCUGCCCCUGAGCGGGGGACCUCUACCUAGUCUGCCCCUGAGUUUCCCCAGAAUCUUUGCUGCUGUGAGAAUUCCGGGAUUCCUGGCCUCAUGACAACACCAAGUGAAACAAUAAGUUCCAGAACACGGGGUCAUGGGCCUGAGUUGGAGACGACUGAAGGGUACAGGGCCAAGGCCAAGGACUCAGGCUACAUAUAGGCUCAGGUUCAGAGCCUGGUAGCUGUGGCUGGUGGGGGUGUCCACCGUAUGGUUCAGCAUGGGCCUAGAGCUCUAUCUGGACCUGCUGUCAGCAUCUUGCCGUGCUGUCUAUAUCUUUGCUAGGAAAAAUAGCAUCCCCUUCGACUUCCAGUUUGUGGAUCUGCUAAAAGGUCACCACCACAGCAAGGAAUACAUAGCAAUCAACCCCUUGAAGAAGUUACCCAGCCUCAAAGAUGGAAAAUUUGUCUUAUCUGAAAGUGUGGCCAUCCUUUUCUACCUGUGCCGCAAGUACAGCACACCCUCGCACUGGUACCCACCAGACCUGCACACACGUGCCCGCGUAGAUGAGUUCAUGGCCUGGCAGCACACUGCCAUUCAGCUGCCCAUGACCAAGAUCCUCUGGAUCAAGAUGCUGAUUCCAAUGAUCACAGGCGAGGAGGUUCCAGCCGAGAAGACAGAGCAGAUGCUGGCCGAGGUGAAGAACAGCAUGCAGCUCUUUGAGGAGAAGUUUCUGCAGGACAAGAUGUUCAUCACCGGGGACCACAUCUCACUGGCUGACCUGGUGGCCCUGGUGGAGAUGAUGCAGCCCAUGGGAAGCCAGUAUAACGUCUUCCUCUGUAGCUCCAAGAUAGCUGAGUGGCGCAUGAGGGUGGAGCUGGCUAUUGGCUCUGGCCUCUUCUGGGAGGCCCAUGACCGGCUGAUGAAGUUGGCAGAGUGGGACUGUUCAACACUGGAUCCAAUGGUCAAGGAGAAGAUCUGCGAGUUGCUGCAGAAGUUCAAGUAGAAGCAGCCCAUCCUGCAGGGCCCGGCUGGCUCAGCCCUUUUGAGCUGCCUUCCUUAGAGGAGGUAUUAAAAACAACCUCAUUUCUUUGCUGAAUAAAGUACUAUAACAAC